AUGAGCAGCUCGAGCUCCUACGAGCCGGACGACAACGACGCAUCGGACUCCGACAUUGAAACCCGCGCGCAUGUCCCUCCUUCGUCCCCUCCAGCUCGCAAUCGCCCAGUCUCCCCAUCGCAUGAGGCAAAUGACCCAUCCUCCGCGAAAAUAAACCUCCGCGCGAAGAGGGGCACCCGCGACGAGGUCCUCAAUGACCUCUACACAUCCUUAGGGCAGGAAUCCGUGGACGCAUACCACAGUCUGCUGGAAGAUGCGAUCGGCGAUCUUGUGCCAUCUAGGAACCCCGCGGACGAGAACUACAAUGCCACGCAGAAUGGGGUCGUGAUCUGGACGCCGCAGGAGAAGCAGGUGUUCUACAAUUGGCUCCACCGGAAGGGGAGGAAUGGCGUUGCGGAGAUCGCCAGCGCCAUUGGCUCCAAGUCGGAGCUGGAGGUCCAGGAAUUCCUCAGACUGCUGCACAGGGGGCUGGAGCGACAGCAUCUGCGGGACCGGCACACGCGGACAAUCAUCCUGGGCGACGUCCCGGCCGCAGCGGACGUAGGGAGAAAGUGCUGUUCCGCAUUAGACCAAUACGCCGAGCUACUAGCUCUCGAAGAACAGCAAGCAGACGACGACGUCGGGAGAGCGCGAAACCACGACUUGUGGAUCAUAGACCGAGACAACGCGCAAGAAGUAGACGACGAGGUCCAAGACGCGGAGAAGGCCGACACGCAGCUCGACUCCGACUCCAGCGUAUACCACACCGCAGGGCUAUUCAACCUGAGCACAUGGAUCCGUCUCUCCGAGCGCUUCUUCAUGAACCCCGGCGGCGCACGCAUGGACGAUAACUGGGUCAACGUGGGGUUCGCGGGCGAAUCCCCCUCCAUGACAGCGGACGGUUUUGCGGAUUUCUACACGCUGGCCGUGAGCGUCACGCGCCGUCUCGUCCACUCUACGCUGUUCUUUGCCAUGUCGCGGCUCAGGAAUAUGAGGGAGACGGGCAAUGCGAAGGCGAAAGUCGUACGCUCCCGUGAUGUCCACACUGCCCUGGAUGUACUGGGCAUGAAGCGUGACCGAGUCGAUCAGUGGGUGGGACUAGCACGGAGAUGCAAUCUCACUGUCGAAGACGUCCGCAAUCGACGAGGCUGGAAGCCUGUCCUUAUGGACUUGGACGACGUAGAAGAUAUUCUCUCGGGUCGAGCCCCUUACGACGCGGAGUCGCGCGAGCGAAGCAUUUCGAACAAACGCCCCGACGCAAAGGACGAGCCUGAAGACGACGACAACAGCGAAGACGAAUUUUCCCACUCCUCCCGAGAAUCAUCCAUCCUUUCCUCCCCCGCUGAGUCUCUCCCCGACAACGAAGACCAAACCCCCAUCGACCCCGAAGACUCCCACGCCGAACAACUCGACCAAGAAGCCAGCCGUCUCGAAGAAUCCCACCUGUGGGAGAUCCUCGGCCAACCCCAGCCUAGCCUCCAGUCCGAAAUCCACCCCACCACACCCAGGGCAAAGAAGCGACCCGUCGGCGAACGCAAGACACAAGACGACCUUGCCAACUGGCGAGAUAGGACUUUGUACCGCAGCGACUGGGAGGAACAUGGUCAUGAUACUGUUAGCAUUUAUGAGGAGAUCGAGGAGAAUCGACGCAAGAGA